UUUUGAACUUGCUCAUGUUUUCCCAAACAAUUAAAUUAUUUUAAAACGAAAUGAAUUCCGAAGUAGUAGGAGGUAGCGUUGCUUGCAAUAAAGUAUAGCUAUUCUAACAGAAAUAUAUGUACGUCUCUCUGGUUCUCGGAUGAGUCGUUCAAAAUGGCGCGAUUGACACAUUCAGUGGUUUUGGUGUCCUGCAUCUUUGUGACUUAUGCUUUUGCGAAUGGCAACAAUGACACGACUAGCCAGUCAACAGUAAUGUCGGACUGCAGCCAAGGUAACACGAAAGAGCUAGAUAGGGAAAAAGAUAUUGUGAAUGAUGCCGAUAACACUACUAACUCAGUUAUGGACCCCGACAUCGAAUCAGUGUUCAGACUUACUCAUCUUGCUCAAGUCAAAAACAAUCCAUGUCAAGAAGGAUAUUUUAGAGAUUGGUUGGGCAUGUGCCGAAAACUCGACACAAGAUAACCGUAUUUUCUUUUACAAGUAUUGUUAAUGUAUUUGUUACAUUAUGGUAUUGUUAACAUUAACACGAAUUAAAGUGAUUUUGUAAAUAUUGAACAAGGGUAGAAUCAAUCGACGUCAAAAACGUACAAGACCAUUAACGAUAACUGAGAGACUAUCAAAUUUUACAAACAGCUCUACAAAGUUCAAUAUACUGUUAUCAUUACAUACCUGUUGGAUAGUGUGGAUUUGUCUGUAUUUUGCAAGAAAAUAGAAUACAAAAUACAUUCCGUCCAAUUCCUCAUCUUCCUUUACAUCAUAAUAGUAAUCAUUUAUUAAUUUACGGGUUAAUGAAUUUAUUCAAAGCAAUAAAAACAUUGCCCUCUCCAUCCUGAAACACAGAUAAUAUGUGUAGGACGUUUCAAUCCCUAUAUCUCCCUGAUGCAUAAUGCAAUUACUAUGGACAUAGACAAAAAAUUAUGAAAAAUGUCUCACAAAUGUCUCAUAAAAACUAGUAAUGUAUAUGGUUUGUCUUUUUCUGACUGGCG